UGGAAUAUUUGUUGCAGAAAGGAUGGGCAAGACACUAAAGAGGAAUUGCAGAAGAGGAAUCUCCGUGAUGAGUUGGAGGAGCGGGAACGGUGGCAUUUCUUGUUGAAGGAUAAGUCCUAUAGUGACGAUAGAGAUCGUAGAAAAGGAGGCCACCUUCUAUUGGAAGGGGCAAGGAGAGAUGCUGAAGAUCGCCUCAUUCCACGCAGUGUAGAUGCUGAUGAUGCUGAUGAUGCUGAUGUGGAACUUAAGAGCAGUGAUGGAAGUGACGAUGACGAUGAUGAAGAUGAUGAGGAUGACACAGAAGCUCUUUUGCUUGAACUUGAACAGAUAAAGAAGGAACUUGCCAUCUUUUAAGUUUCAUGUUCAGUUGAAUUGAAUCAGAUCUAGUAGCGCUCACUAUUAAGAAAGAGUUUGAUUGUGCAAGUAUGAAUUAGGUGAAGAAAACGAUUUAAGAAAUUGAGAUUCCAUUGUAAUAUGUUAACAUUCCAUGAAAUUGUCGAGAAUUGAUUGAUUGAUGUCUGUGUUCUACCUUGGUGCAAAGCAACCAUUUUUGUUGGUGAAUA